GUACACUGGCGCUAGAACUGAAAAAAAGGGGGACCCACUUAUAAGCAUCUUUUUCUUUCAUCUUUGAUAGACAUACAUUUCCCCGGUACGCCAACGCAUGGGGCAAGGCUUGGGUGGCGGUGCCCUCCUCGGGACAGCGCUGUCGAUGGCCGCCGCACCGGCACGCACCACACUCGCAAACCACCUGGCGAUUAUUGCCACCGGGGCGGGCCUCGGCCUGGCCCUCGACUUCACGAGUGACUGUCUCGCCAAGGAAGGGAAGGUGUACAUUCAUCGCGAUGUUGUCCUGAGUGCGCAGGAUGUGCUGCGCCACGUCUACACCUUCUACGCACCCUGCGAGUCGAACGCCAUGGCGAAGGUCUUUCAUCAAAAGCACGAAUGGCUCGUGUUGGAAUCGGAGGGGCGGAGGUUCUACACGGUGCAAAAGUGUCCCGCCUCGGGCAACGUCGUGAUGGACGUGCGGCUGUCGCUACGGUCUGCGAAUGACCUGGGGCUGGUGGCGGCCGGCAGGCCGACCCAGACGGGCGAGAUUCGCCAGCACCGUGCGGAUAUGGAAUUCGACAUACCGAAUGAUGUGCAGGUGGCCUACAUGGUCGCGUGGCUGCGCAAAGAGGACCCGCGAUGGUCUUUUUCGACGGAGAACAGCCGGCAGUUCACCACGCGUGCGCGAUACGCACUGAACGACUUUUGA